AUGGCCACAGCUGCAAGCGCAUACCCUCUAUUGGAGGCCCGUCCCCUUAAGGAUACCAUUGUUUUGUUUGAUGUUGACGAGACCCUGACCAAGGCGAGACGUACUGUCACCCCCGAGAUGCUCGAUAUUCUCUCCCGAUUGCGCCAACAAUGUGCUAUCGGAUACGUCGGCGGUUCCAACUUUGUGAAGCAGCAAGAGCAGCUUGGCUCUGCUACUGUUGAUGUGCGAUCGCUCUUUGAUUUCUGCUUCCCCGAGAACGGCUUGACAGCCUUCCGCUUGGGCGAGGAGCUUGAAAGCACCAGCUUCAUCCAAUGGCUGGGUGAGGAGAAGUACCAGGCCCUGGCCGACUUCUCCCUUGGCUACAUCUCAAAGCUCAAGCUUCCCAAGAAGCGCGGUACCUUUAUUGAGUUCCGCAACGGCAUGAUCAACAUCAGCCCUAUUGGUCGUAAUGCCAGUGUUGAGGAGCGGGAUGAGUACGAGGCCUACGAUAAGAUUCACAAUAUCCGGAAGGAUAUGGUGGCGGCCCUAAAGAAGGAGUUCCCCGACUAUGGCCUCACCUUCUCUAUCGGUGGCCAAAUCUCUUUCGAUGUCUUCCCCUCUGGAUGGGAUAAGACUUUUUGUCUACGACAUGUUGAGGCUGAGAAGAACAUCACUGGUGUUGAGUACAAGAAGAUCCACUUCUUCGGUGACAAGUGCUUUGUAGGAGGUAACGACCAUGAAAUCUAUACUGAUUCCCGGACGAUCGGCCACGAGGUCGAUGGGCCUGAUGAUACAAUGAAGCAGCUGAAGGAGAUCUUUGGUCUUUAA